CUUACUUUUAAGUUUUAAAAGUGUACAUACACCAAUUCAGUCACAGAAAACAGACAUCUGAUCUGAAUUAAUCGUUCGUCCUUGAUGAUCGAUCUGUGUUUAUGCUGUGUCAAUGAAAGAAAUAGAAUGCAUGAAUUCCGGUUUUUAUCAUAAUCACGUUUGCUUUUCGUGAGAUACUCUCGUUCGAUCGUCCCGUACAUACAAUAUGGCAUUGUUAAAUAUUUUGCUGCUCAGUCAAAUAGCAGGCUAUGUCGUGGCCCUUAUUCUAUCGCUCUGCAUCAUCGUGCCUAUGAGUCUGCAUCAAGAAGAAUUUAGGGGACAUUGUCUUUUGUUUUCAACCGGAGUAUGGCAGGAGCCAGAUGGCCAGUUUGUAGUAAAUUGGGCGUCACGGUUAUACUGCAAUUAUACGAUAUUCGUAGGCAUGGUACUCUUCAUAACAUCGGCUAUACAGAUCUACCGAUUGUCUAUGUUUAUGUGGCACGGCGAAGACAGUUCAUUUCUCUCUGCAUUUGUAGACGUUGUAACGUCCAUCUUUCUCGUCACUCUGACCUUAGUAGCAGCGAUUAUUGUAACCUUAGGUUUCAUAACUUGGUGUCAAUGUAUGACCAAGAGGUUUCCAUCAUGUGAAUUAGCAGCUGGAAAUGCUAUUGAUAAGGCUGAUGAUAUUGAUACAUCAGGUUUUCAUAUUGAACUUGGUGCUGCUCAAUUUGGUAUUUGGAGCAGCUUGUCGAUUUGGGUUGGUUUGUCUGUUUUCGCUGUUUUAAAACUGUUAAGGUACCAUCAGCUAGAAAAUAUGAAAGUUUCCAUGUAUAGAGAAAGGCAAAGAUUAAUAGAAGCUACCACGAAUAAUCAGUAGUAACAGCCAAAUUAAUAGUUAGUGGCCUGACAUUUGUUUCUCAGGGUAAUUUUAAUAAUGUGUGUUUGUUAAUUGCAAAGACAAACCAGAUCUAAAUCUCAAAGAACGUAUUUGCGUGAAAUUCUUUAUUAAUUUUAAAGCGCAAAUAAUUACUAUGAGCAGAGUUAUAUAUCGAUAAAGUGAUUU